GAAACGCGUCGACUGCUCGCGGCGGACGCCUACAUAGCCUCCAACUGUUUGUUUCGUCGAUAAGAAUUGCGUGAAUUAUCUGACGCCUUCGCUGCAUUGACAUCGUACGAUUGUGCACGGAAACCAUCUAUAACGCGUGAGUCUACGUUGUCAAAUCAGUCUCUCUCGUUUUCAUCCUAUCAUGGCUGCCAAGCUGACGCUGCGGCAGAACUGGCGCGAGUCCGCCGCUUGGAAGGCGGAAAACCUGCCGCUGAGCACAACGAACGACCAAGCCUGCAAGUUGUUCGAUGCGGCGCUUACGCAGUACGUGGGCUGGUACGACGACCCAACCCUGGGCGGGCUGUCGGGCACGUUGGAAAGCCUGAAAAAAGCGGACCCGCACUUCAUUAUGGGUCAGGUGCUGAACGUCGGCCUGACACUUAUCGGCUCCGGAGACAACGUCUUCAAAAAUGCGACCCUGUCCGGUGACCUCGACGUCCUGGACUCGAUCGCGAGCAAAGGUCGUCUACCGCACCGCGAGCAGCUUCACGUGAACGCCGUGCUGGCUUGGUCCCGUGGACGGCUGUCGCGCGCGGCGUCGCUCUGGGAGGACAUCCUCAUCGACAAUCCGACCGACAUGCUGGCGCUGAAGUUCGCCCACGAUACCUACUUCUACUUGGGCUACCAGCGCCAGUUGCGCGACUCCAUAGCACGCGUGCUACCGCUCUGGAAGCCGUCCAUGCCUCUCUACUCGUACCUGCACGGCAUGCUCGCCUUCGGCCUGUGCGAGACCAAUUUAUACGACGAGGCGCGCAAGGCGGCCGAGGAGGCCCUGAGGCUCAACAAGAACGACGCGUGGGCCACGCACGCGCUAGCGCACGUCUACGAGAUGCAGGCGGACCCCGACGGCGGCAUCGCCUUCAUGAGUCGCACAAUGACCGACUGGGAACCAUGCGGCAUGCUGGCGUGCCACAACUUCUGGCACUGGGCCGUCUACCACGUCGAGAAGGGCGAGGUCGAGGCGGCCAUCGACCUCUUCGACGGACAGGUCUCCAAGCGCCUGCGCGAGUCUGGCGCCAUGCUGGACUACGUGGAUGCCGCCUCGCUGCUGUACCGACUGCAGCUGCGCGACGUGCCGAAGCAGAAGCUGGCCUCGCGAUGGCCAGGCGUGUUCGACGUGGCGCAGGCGCACUACGACGACCGCGUGCUGACCUUCAAUCAGCUGCACUUCCUGAUGGCCUUCUUGGGUGCGGGAAACGACGGUCAGCGGCUGGUCAACCUGCCGCCGCAGCGGGACCUGGGGCGGCGCGACGACGGCGGCUGGCCCGACGACCAGCAGCGCAUAAUGGCCGAAGUCGGCAUUCCCGCGAUGCAGGCCAUGGUGGCCCACAACCAGGGCCGCUUCGACGACGCGGCCGAGAAGUUGGCCGCCGUGAGGUACGACCUGCUGCGCAUCGGGGGAAGCGACGCGCAGCGCGACGUCUUCGACCUGUUACUCAUCGAUUCGGCCAUCAAGUCCGAGCGGCAUGCCAACCUGGCACGGGCACUGCUCGCCGAACGAAGCUUGUUCCGGCCAAAGUCUCCCAUGCUCAAGAGCCUCAACGACGCGCUGACAACGCGCUGCAGCGCCAAGGCUUCUAAGAAGCCCGCGGUCGCUGCUGGGCCGGUCUGAGCGUGCCUUGCGCAAUGGGCACGCUGGAGGGCCUAAGGAGAGACAGUGGUGGAACAGGCCGUGCGCGACCGCUUGUUCAGCUGAAGAAUAUCUUUACUCGUUUACGACAAUAAGUCGUGUUAUCAAACGUUUUUUGUACGCUGAUAUGAACUAACUUGAUGCUGUUCUUGGUGGGGGGAAACAAAAACAAAAAACGAACAAAAACAGAAGAAAACGUCCAAAGAGGCUUAUAUUCAUUGGUUGGGGCGCAUUUGCGAAAGCGUAUGUAGGGCCCCUUCAGACGUGUGGAAAGCUUGCCUAGGUAUGGUUACAUAGUAUGAAGGAGAGCGCGACAAAACAACGCACACAGAGGGUGUGUUUUUUUUUCUUUUUUGUUCUUUUGUCUUGAUAAACAGCUUUCUUCGUGUCGUAUAACAUUCCGCUAAAACUGGCGGUCGUGGUUGUACACCAGCAGUUCGAACUUUUUUUUUUUCUUUCUUGUGAUUUCAUCGAACCACACUGCUGUUUCACAAAUACUCCGUGCUACUGUAUCCGUGCGCACACUCAACGGUACGCAUACUGCAGGCAUUCGCUGUCGCGUACUCUCGCACUGGCAGAUGCAUUCCUCUUGCAGAUGUAGGCCAGCUGUGCUGCGGCGCUCAGGCGUGCGUUCAAAUGCUCAAUAGAGAGUUUUAGUGCCGGGGAACCCAAGCCGCUUGUGUACGCACGCUGUUGCGUCCCUUUGUACUCCCAGCCGCAACCAAGCUGAAUACGAAGGAAUGCAAGGGCUUACGUAUGCAAGGCCCUUUGGGGCUCCGGCACUGAAACUAUGACUAUAACCUACUGGUACGCAGGGGCGAAGUUCUGUCAUGUCGGUAUAUUUUGGACCAAAGUAGAUGUACAUUAAGUUUAUUGUGCAUAAAGUGCGCAUAUUGCGCAUAAAGUAUGCAUUAAGCACACCCAAAGGGGGGUCACUUUCACGUCUGAACCCAGUGCUUUGCUUAACUUCUCCCAUUUAGGGGGCCGGUUAAUGUGAAGGGGUCUGAACCCCCGCGCCUCCCUGACUCUAGGGCCUACCUGCACUCGACGCACGCAAACGCGCAGCUAUACGACUGUGCAAGUGCGCAACAGCUUACUGUGUGGUUGCAUUCAUAAGUCGCGGCUGCCUUUUUCGUAUAGAGACUUUGGGAGGAGAUUGAUAUGCACACAAAUUGUGGUGUCUUUUGUCCAAUAGCCGUCGUGUCCUCUGAAGACGACGGCGUGCACCCGCAUAUGCCUUCUCUGCAAGCUUUGAUUCUUAUUACGGAUCUAGGCUACAUAUGACCACAGUGCUUUGGAUACUUUUGUAUUAUACGUUAACUUAGAUUGAUAUGGAGAAUAAAGUUUAAUUAAAAAGAAAA